AUGAGGGAUCUCCCAGCUAGUCCCCGACAAGGGUCCCCCGCCCUCGCACCAAGACGACUCUCUGAGGAACUCGGUGACUUCAUGUUCUCCAGCGAUGAGUACGACGACGAGGAAGAGGGAGAUGAGGAGGAUGAGAACUACGACGGUAUCGAGACGCCCGCUUCAUCACGCAAGUCUUCACAAAGCCUAGACGGCUACUUUGACGAGGUCGACGCCUACAAGCACCAGCAGCUCCAGGACACAACCUCCGAGUCAGAACGCACCGAAAAGAAGAAUGACAGCCGUCCGUCCACGGCCACUUACAACAGCCGUCCAUCUACGGCCACUUACAGCAGCCGCCCAUCCACGGCGGUCUCCAUGCCACCAUUUCGCCGAUCAUCAACUUGCCCCGUUCUCCUCCCGGAUGACUUCAUCUCCAGUGCCGCCGAUGAGGUCGUCAAGAUUAUGCCCGACCAGGCAGCGUUUAUGAAGCGCAUGGUGGAAGGGUGGAGAGAGAUUCAAAGGCGGUCGUCAGUCAGCACCACCAUAUCACCAAUGUCGCCGGCGAGCACGACUUCGCCAGGCACGAUAAAUCUGCCAAAGAGACCGCAGACUGCGCCUUCGCCAAUGUACGCGCCUCAAAUGUGCUUCGCGUCAUUCCCGCAGGCUGUCCCGGAACAGGAUGAGGAUGAUAGUCCCACAGAAUCGGUGGACAGCUUUUCCAACGUGGUGGAGCGGCUGGACAAGGUCGAGGAGACGCUGGAAGAGCUGAGGGACUUGGCUAAGCAACAGGCUGGGGCGGCGAUUGCAUCAAACUCGGCGAGCGUGACUGAGCAGAAUGCAAAGUUUGCCGUUGUGAAUAAGUGCAUCGACACAAUUGGUAGAGUGUGCGAGAGGGAGCAGGAGGUGCAGGAUCAUUCGCAGCUGGACAGGAGAUGUGUCGAUGCGCUGGUCCAAAUCUGCGAAAUGUUUGCACGUGAGAGCGUUGAUCAGGACCCCUAUCGGUUCGGCUCUAGCUUCAUGGCUGAAGAAAGCGAAGACGACGAUGUUGAGUAUGAGGGCGAGGAUGAGGAAGAGGUCGGAGAAAGUGACAGCGACGGUGAAAGCCAUUAUGGAUCCGACGACGAUUACGAAGCGCAUCCCAUAGAUUCGGACCCAACCGAGUACGAAUCAGGAGACUUUUUAGGAAAAUCCCCAACCAUCGAAACCGACAAAACCUUGCCUCCUCUACUAUCACCGAGGACGAGGUCAUCGACACCAACUCAAGUUGCCCCCGCAGGAACCAGAAUCGAGGCUCCCGAUACGCCCCGCCGGCGGGCGCGACUGGUCCGUGAAGCCAAAGCCGAGCUUGAUGCACUCUUCUCCGAAUGGGCCGAGCCCAAGAACUCGUACGAAGAGCGGCAUUCGCGGAUCGUAUAUGCCACGGAGGCAUAUCAUCUGCGCCUUGUGGACAUGAAGUCAGCACACGAAUGCGAGUUCAAGUGGAAAAACGAACUGAUGAAUUACGAAGAAAAGAUGAAGGAUAGAGGUGCCUUUGGUCCGAAUGUGUGGCCCAUCGUGGAUCUGGCACUGCCCAUCGCUCAAUGCCUGCUGAGUGUGACGCUGCUGGUGGUGCACUUCUUCAGCCUGGACUCUUGGCUGGUGGGACAGAAAGCCUUCCUUGCGUUCCUUACCGCAUGGCUGGCAAGCGUGGCCGUAUUGGCACGCUGUACCGAGGUCAAGGCGAGAGAAACUCUGUACAAGACGAUGCUGCCUCCUGAUGCCAGGGAGAUGCGGAGGAGGCACGAACGCGAGCUGGUACUGCUCAAGGCGGCCCACGACCGCGCAGUUCAACGCGUCUACGCACCGGAGCAACAGUCACGGGCGGAAGACAGAAGUUAA